CAUCUGCCCCGCGGCGAGGGUGUCUAUGGAGAGGCGGCGGCCGCGGCUGCUGAGGCGGAGGCUGAGGCAGCGGCGAUGGCGCCCUUCCCCGAGGAAGUGGACGUCUUUACCGCUCCGCACUGGCGGAUGAAGCAGCUGGUGGGACUCUACUGCGACAAGCUUUCUAAAACCAACUUUUCCAACAACAACGAUUUUCGUGCUCUUCUUCAGUCUCUGUAUGCUACUUUUAAGGAAUUCAAAAUGCACGAGCAGAUUGAAAAUGAAUACAUUAUUGGUUUGCUUCAGCAACGCAGCCAGACCAUUUAUAAUGUGCAUUCUGACAAUAAACUCUCUGAGAUGCUUAGCCUCUUCGAAAAGGGACUGAAGAAUGUUAAGAAUGAAUACGAGCAGUUAAAUUAUGCAAAACAGCUGAAAGAGAGAUUGGAGGCUUUUACAAGAGAUUUUCUUCCUCACAUGAAAGAGGAGGAGGAGGUUUUUCAGCCCAUGUUAAUGGAAUAUUUUACUUAUGAAGAGCUUAAGGAUAUUAAAAAGAAAGUGAUUGCACAACACUGCUCUCACAAGGAUACUGCAGAACUCCUUAGAGGUCUUAGUCUGUGGAAUCAAGCUGAAGAACGACAAAAGUUUUUUAAAUAUUCUGUGGAUGAAAAGUCAGAUAAAGAAACGGAAGUUUCAGAACAUUGCACCAGUAUAAACCAUCUUCCUCCAGAGGUAAUGCUGUCAAUUUUCAGCUAUCUGAAUCCUCAAGAAUUGUGUCGAUGCAGCCAAGUAAGCACUAAAUGGUCUCAGCUGGCAAAAACUGGAUCGCUUUGGAAACAUCUUUAUCCUGUUCAUUGGGCGAGAGGUGACUGGUAUAGUGGUCCUGCAACUGAACUUGAUACUGAACCUGAUGAGGAAUGGGUGAAAAACAGAAAAGAUGAAAGUCGUGCUUUCCAGGAGUGGGAUGAAGAUGCCGAUAUAGAUGAAUCUGAGGAGUCUGCAGAGGAAUCAAUCGCUAUCAGCAUUGCACAGAUGGAAAAACGUUUACUCCAUGGCUUAAUUCAUAAUGUCCUACCAUAUGUUGGCCCUUCUGUAAAAACUUUAGUAUUGGCAUACAGCUCUGCAGUUUCCAGCAAAAUGGUUAGACAGGUUUUAGAGCUUUGUCCUAACCUGGAGCAUCUGGAUCUCACCCAGACUGACAUUGCUGAUUCUGCAUUUGACAGUUGGUCUUGGCUCGGCUGCUGCCAGAGUCUUCGGCAUCUUGACCUGUCUGGAUGUGAGAAGAUAACAGAUGUGGCUCUAGAGAAAAUUUCCAGGGCCCUUGGAAUUCUGGCAUCUCAUCAGAGUGGCCUUUUGAAAACUUCUAAAAGCAAAAUUACUUCAACUACAUGGAAAAAUAAAGACAUUACCCUGCAGUCCACCAAGCAGUAUACUUGUUUGCACGAUUUAACUAACAAAGGCUUUGAAGAAGAAAUAGAUAAUGAACACCCCUGGACUAAAUCUGUUUCUUCUGAAAAUUUCGGUUCUCCUUAUGUGUGGAUGCUAGAUGCCGAAGAUUUGGCCGAUAUUGAAGAUGCCGUAGAAUGGAGACACAGAAAUGUUGAAAGCCUUUGUGUAAUGGAAGCAGCAUCCAACUUUAGCUGUUCCACCUCUGGUUGUUACAGUAAAGAUAUUGUGGGACUAAGGACUAGUGUCUGUUGGCAGCAGCAUUGUGCUUCUCCUGCCUUUGCAUAUUGUGGCCAUUCAUUUUGUUGUACAGGAACAGCUCUAAGAACUAUGUCAGCACUCCCAGAGUCCUCUGCAUUCUGUAGAAAAGCAUCAAGGACUAGAUUGCCUACAGGAAAAGACUUAAUUUACUCUGGGAGUGAAAAAUCUGACCAAGAGACUGGGCGUGUACUUCUGUUUCUCAGUCUGUCUGGAUGUUAUCAGAUCACAGACCAUGGUCUCAGGGUUUUGACUCUGGGAGGAGGACUGCCUUAUUUGGAGCACCUUAAUCUCUCUGGUUGUCUUACUGUAACUGGUGCGGGCCUGCAGGAUUUGGUCUCAGCGUGCCCUUCUCUGAACGAUGAAUACUUUUACUACUGUGACAACAUUAACGGUCCUCAUGCUGAUACCGCCAGUGGAUGCCAGAAUUUGCAGUGUGGUUUUCGAGCCUGCUGCCGCUCUGGUGAAUGACUCUUGACUUCUGACCUUUGUCUACUUCAUUUAGCUGAGCAGGCUUCCUUUCAUGCACUUUACUGACAGCACAUUUCUCAUGUUAACCAUCCCUUUCUGAGUGUGACUUGUUUUGGCCCUAUUUCUUACAGCCUCAGAGAUCUUAAUGUACCAAGUGAAUUGUACAGUGUUGUUUCUCUUGCAAAUCAUACUUCUGUUUUCCAUGGGGAUUCGGUUUUUUCAUAAGGGUGAGAACUGUCUUUAUCUGAUUUCUUUUAAAUGAAGAUGAAAUGCUUUGAAAAGAAUGUCACUAAUGCCAUGCCAUUUAAAGUAUUUUUUAGAUGAUCUUGAGUUUGAAAGUCUGUGGGGGUUAUUGGUUCUCCUUUACAUAUAAACGCCGUACCAAGCUUUGCAGAUUUCAGACGUAAAUUUUUGAAGUUUUAUUUUCAAAGAUUGCACACUUUGGAAACCAGUCUCUUCCAUAAUGUUCCCUUUAUCUGAACAGUUCUCAGAGGGCCAAUACAAACAUACCCGUGUUAAAGAUUCUUCAAGAUUAUAGAAUAAAUUGGCUUCUUGGUGUUAGCUCAGUGAGCUAACAAACCGCCACUGUAUUUGUUUUCUUCAGAGACUCUAGGUUCCCACCCCGCCCCUAAAUUGUCAGAUUGGGGAUAGAUUUGUAAAAGUUCCACAGUCAUUUGAAGAACUGUAUAAAUAAAAUCUACUUUGAGGACUUUACCAAGUAAUACCUUUUGUGUUUUGAUUUGAUUAUUAUAAAUCUCAAUCCAGCUUAUGUUAGUAUAAAAUAGGACUAAAUAUUUUGUCUUUUGAUCACCCGUGAAAUCAUGACCUUGACAAAUAAACAGUUUUGGACACGUACCUAAUUUUGUUGAGUUGAAUUUCCUUCUCCAGAUUAAUUGUGCACCAAUCACAUUUUGAAUUUGUAAGUUUAUCUUCAUUGCCUUGUGAAAAAUUAAUGGGAAUGGAGACCAACCCUUCAGCAAGAUACAUAUUGAGUUAAUUCUGUGUCAUGCUAGAAGCAGUUGGGGACAUGCCAUCUCUUCUUACAAAUACUUGCAAGGCUGUGGAAGAGAAAGUAAUCCUGCAGUCUUGUUCUGUGUGACCCCAGGUGUGUGUUUAUUGUGAGGGAAGGGGAAGUAGGGGAGGUAUAACUUCAGGUAGACAGACACAUUUCAGUUCACAGUAAUGGAAAGCUUUAUUUUAGACAGCCAUCUAAAGAUGAAGGAAGAACCGUUUGGAUUAAACACUCCAAGAGAAGAUGACAGUAAUGUCUAAUGGGAGGAUAUCUAAGGACUCAAUCUUUGAAAUUUUACCUUGCCUUUUUGAUUCCAUUGAUGUUAUUAGUUAUCAUUUGUAAAAUAAACAUGGAACAGUGCAUGUUUCUUGCAUGUAGGGAAAGCAGCUAUGUAACAGGCCAUAUUCUGCAUUUGUGUUCUUAAGCUUAAGAAGUCGUGUCUUCUGUGGCACCACUACACCUAUCCUCCUCUUAAAAUGGGGGCCUAAGUACGAAAACAGUUUCUUGUUCUCUUUAGAGAACUUGGAAGGAAAUUUACACUUAGUGAGCAGUUCCCCAGGAGCCCGGGAGAAGUUUUAUUUUGUGAGGGUUACCAUUUUGUGGUUACUACAUUAUUUCCCUAAAUGGUUAAUGGGAGUCCCCAGGGGGUGCAAACGAUUAAGCGCUCACCUGCUAACCAACUGAGAGGUUUGUGGUUUGAAUUCACCCAGAGGUGACUCAAGAAAGGCCUGGCAGUCUGCUUCCAAAAAGUCACAGCCAUGAAAACCCUAUCAAGUGCAGUUUUAUUCUAACACAUGUGAGGUCGCCAUGAGUUGGAAUUGAUGACAACUGGUUUUGUUUUUUUGUAAUAAAGCUUAUUUUAAAAGUUGACAUCAGGGACUUUUUCAAGAAAACAAAUUAUGACAGGUCUUCUGGGGUGAGUCCCAUUCCACCCCAUACUUAUCUGUAUUUAACUGAACUCAAUGGUAAAAUUGCUCGUCCACAGUGACAGUCCUGGGUCACCAAGGGAAGGCUGAAAUUUAUCCCUUAUUUAAUCUGAAAACAAUAGAAUUUUUUGAGGAAAAGAUUUUGAUAAUUUUUAAGAAAAAAAAAUCAUUUUUAAAUGAUGUUUCAGAAUUUGGCUUAAAUUUUAUCCUUUAUAAAUUAAUUUUGAGCAAUUAAUUUCCUGAAGGGUUCCAGAUAAUUGAGGUGCCUCUCGUGUUGCUUGAUGCUAACAAAUCGUGAAAUAGGACUUGGCAAACUGGCUUCAGUAUGUCAGCAUAUUGUCAUGUCAAAACUCGUUUCUACCCUCUUCCCUGCCCUAUAACAUGAGGAAUAGACAGCACAAUCUGCUUUUAACUUUUUAUAUUAUUUCAUAUAAGCUUAAAGCGAUAAAAAUCCAUUACCAUUGAGUCAGUUCCAACCCUGUAGGACAGAGUAAAAGUGCCCCCAUAGGGUUUCCAAGGAGCAGCUGGUGGAUUCAAACUGCUGACUUUUGGGUUAGCAGCCAAACUUAACCCCUGCGCCAUUAAGGGGAUAGUUAAUGUUUAAUGAAGAUUGAAACACCAUAUACUUGGCUUAAAUUGAUCUUGGAUUUUAUGAUUGAUCUGAUGAAUUAUUUAAACUGUUCAUUCUGAGAAAAAAAAAAAAGAUGUAAAGUGCCU